GAGCGCCGGGGCCAUGCAUCCCCCGGCCGGCCCCGCGGCCUCCCCCGGCCCCGCCGCUCCCCCGGCGGGGGCCGAGCUGCUGCGGUGGCAGUGGCAGGAGGUGCAGGUGCCGUGCCUGGUGGCCGCCUGGAUCCUGGUGGCCAGCCUGGCCAAGAUCGUUUUCCACCUGUCCAGGAAGGUGACGUCCAUCGUCCCAGAGAGCUGCCUCCUCAUCCUGCUGGGGCUGGGCCUGGGGGGCAUCGUGUUGGCCGUGGCCAAGAAAGCCAAGUACCAGCUGGAGCCCAACAUGUUCUUCCUUUUCCUCCUGCCCCCCAUCGUCCUCGACUCGGGCUACUUUAUGCCAAGCCGGCUGUUCUUCGACAACAUUGGCGCCAUCCUCACCUACGCAGUGGUGGGCACGCUCUGGAACUCCUUCACCACCGGCACCGCGCUCUGGGGGCUGCACCAGGCCGGGCUCAUGGAUCCAGGCGUCGAAGCUGGGCUGAUGGAUUUCCUGCUCUUCGGCAGUCUCAUCUCGGCUGUGGACCCGGUGGCAGUGCUGGCCGUUUUUGAAGAGGUCCAUGUGAACGAGACCCUCUUCAUCAUCGUGUUCGGCGAGUCCCUCCUGAACGACGCCGUCACCGUGGUGCUGUACAAGGUCUUCAACUCUUUCGUGGAGCUGGGCCCGGCGCACAUCCAUGCCACGGACUACGUGAAGGGGGUAGCCUCCUUCUUCCUGGUGAGCCUGGGGGGCACGGCCGUGGGGCUGCUCUUCGCCUUCCUCCUGGCCCUGAUCACGCGGUUCACCAAGCGCGUGCGCAUCAUCGAGCCGCUCUUCGUCUUCCUCCUGGCCUACGUCGCGUACCUGGCUGCUGAGAUGGUCUCGCUCUCCGCCAUCCUGGCAGUCACCUUCUGUGGGAUCUGCUGCAAGAAGUAUGUGGAAGCCAACAUCUCCCAGAAGUCCCGCACCACGGUCAAGUACACCAUGAAGACGCUGGCCAGCAGCUCAGAGACCAUCAUCUUCAUGUUUCUGGGCAUGUCGGCUGUGGACACCUCCAAGUGGGCAUGGGACACGGCGCUGGUGCUGGGCACCCUGUUAUUUAUCCUGCUCUUCAGAGCUGUGGGUGUUGUCCUCCAGACCUACGUGCUCAACCGCUUCCGCCUCAUCCCCCUGGACAGGAUCGACCAGGUGGUCAUGUCAUACGGUGGCCUCCGUGGAGCCGUUGCCUUUGCCCUGGUCAUCCUGCUGGACAGGGACAAGGUGAAAGCCAAGGACUACUUUGUGGCAACGACCAUCGUGGUGGUGUUCUUCACGGUCAUCGUGCAGGGCCUCACCAUCAAGCCCCUGGUGACAUGGCUGAAGGUGAAGCGCAGUGACCACCACAAGCCCACGCUGAAUGAGGAGCUGCACGAGCACGCCUUUGACCACAUCCUGGCGGCGGUGGAGGACAUCGUGGGACACCAUGGCUACCAUUACUGGCGGGACAAGUGGGAGCAGUUCGACAAGAAGUACCUGAGCCAGCUCCUGAUGAGGAAAUCUGCGUACAGGCUGCGGGACGAGAUCUGGGAUGUUUACUACAAGCUGAACAUCCGCGAUGCCAUCAGCUUCGUGGACCAGGUAGGGGCGCGUGGCAGGAGCUGGGCAGGGGGCUGUCAGCGUGGCGGUCCCCACGGGCUGCCCAUGGCGGUGGGCACUCCCCCAGCCCAUCUCUGUCACCCCCCAGGGUGGCCACGUGCUGUCGGCCGCCAAGCUGGCGCUGCCCUCCAUGCCCAGCCGCACGUCCAUGUCGGAGUCGUCGGUCACAAACCUGCUGAGGGAGAGCGGGAGCGGCGCGUGCCUGGACCUGCAGGUGAUCGACACGGUGCGCAGCCGGCGGGACAAGGAGGACGCCGCGAUGCACCACGUGCUGCGAGGGAGCCUCUACAAGCCCCGCAGGCGGAUAAACAAGAGCGCCAAGAUAAAGAAAUCUUCCGGCAGAACAUGAAGAGGCGCCUGGAGACCUUCAAGUCCACCAAGCACAACAUCUGCUCCUCCAAGAGCAAAGCCAGGAUGAAGGAAAAGGGCAGGAAGAAGAAGGACAUCUCUCUGACCAGCGAUGCACCCAACGGGAGGACGCACAGGAGUGUCCCCUGGCAGGAGGCAGCUCCUGUGCUGGUGCUGGUCAGCUCCGAGGAGGAGGAGAGCGAUAGCUCAGAGACGGAGAGAGAGGACGACGAAGGGAUCGUGUUCAUCGCUCGAGCUACCGAUGAGGUCCUGCAGGGAAAGGCCACCCCUGGCAGCCUGGAUGUCUGCCCCAGCCCCUGCAUCAUCCCGCCAUCGCCCACCUUGGCAGAGAAGGAGCUGCCGUGGAAAGGAGACCAGGCUGACCUGGCUGUUUACGUCUCCUCGGAGACCACCAAAAUCGUGCCAGUGGAUAUGCAGAAAGCGUGGAACCAAAGCAUCUCCUCCCUGGAGAGCAUCGCCUCCCCACCGGGCAUUGAGACGGGACCGCAGCACAGGCGAUUCGCCUGCCCCGUGCUGGAGGAGCAGCCCCAGUCGGCGAGCCAGGCGAUGCCAGAGCAGAUCUCCUGCUUCCAGUUCCCCAGCCACGUCUCUAAGAGCGGCAGGUCGCUGAGCGACAGCAGCCCGGAUGGCGUGGAGCAGCAGGAGCUGCAGCCUUUGAUGGCCGCGGAGGAGCAGGGCAGGGUGCUGCCCCCCACCGAGCCCCGGCGGCUCAUGUUCAGCAGAGCCAGCCACAUCUGAGCUGCGCCACGGACGGGGCAGGGGCUGGAGGCAGGCUGUGACCAGCCGACCGCUCUGCCGUCUCGCUUCGUCAAGCUUGUGUGUGUCUCCUCCAACUCCAGGAGAGCCCAGUGCUCCUGGAGCUGCACUCACCUCCUGACGGUAGAGAAAUGGGCUCGAUGCUGCCGUAGCAGGUACCAGCCUCAUCCUCCUAGGGAGGCACAGACCCCCAAACCUCGCUCUUCCUCUCUGGUCUUCCUCUCGCAUCUUCGCAGUGCUGGGAGGCCAGAGAUUUUCCUCCCAGAGGUGGGAUCCCAGCCGGACUUGAUGCCAUUGCGGCUGUGCCACCUGGAGGUGUGGGGGUCCUGGCUGGGGGGCUGCUCGUGGGUGCGAGCGCCUGAGCCUGGCUCUGUGUAGGAGGCUCGUGCACAACAGCCCACCUACACCCAGCACCGAGCGGCCGAUUGCUCAGAGCAUGCACGGACCUCAGCUGGGAGACCAGAGACCGACUCCUUUCCAGGGCAGCUGUGUCUCCCCUGGGUUUUGGAGGCACCGUGGAGGCAAAGCCAUGACUUUCUCAGGACUAGGAGCAGCGCUCCGGGGGUUUGGCUCCACCGGGAGCCAGGCUGCGUACGCACAGGAACUAUUCUAGCACCCAGCCGGCUGUGCCAGCCUCACACCUCUUGUCUGGAUGUGCUCCCCGUAGCUGCCGUGUUCAGCUUUCUGGCUUUGUGGGGAGGCAGUGGCCCUGCACAGCAUCCUUGGUGUUCAUCCUGCCUGCAUCCCAGUCCCUCCAGUUGCCUGGGGCUGGUCACAGCACGAGGGGGUGAGCAGCGGGUGUGAAUGUAGGUCGGAAGCUGGGGAGAUGGGCGAAAGCUGAGUGCAUCUUCAAAGGUCUGUCCCCACCACCUGCCUCCCAGCCACCCCGGGUCCCUCCUGAGAGGGAGGUGGGAUCGGGCGGCCCAUGCAGCGAUCCUUUCCUGCUGUGACCCCGAGGGACAAGAAUCGCUCCCCGAGAACUGCCCGGAGCUCAGUGGGGCAGCCGGGCGCAGGAAACCACACGGUCCAGGCAAUGUGGGAGGGUUGGGGAUGCUCCUCUUCGGGCCGAAUGGUGCUUUGGGCUGUUAAAAGCCAAAAGCAAGCAAAUAACUGUGUGAUCAUCUACCUGGGGGUGUUGAGACAGCAGGUGUCAAGGGGAUGUUUAGAUGCACAGGGUGAACGAGCCCAACGUAGGGCGGGCAAGAUGGUGUAGCUCAGGUACUGCUAGCAAGGCUCAGCGAAGGCCAUUCUGCUCAGUACCUGUCCUACCAGCUGGAGCAUGAGGUUUUUAAAAGGAUUUUAUAUAGUUUUGCAUUUCUUGUAUGCCUUAUUCUGGAUUUGAUUUCUGAUAUUGGGCCAUACUAAAUCUCUAGCUGGGUCAGUGUUUUAUGUAGCCAAUGGGCACCACAAACGACUCGACACUUAAUAUCUUAUUUGCAAGAAUAUUGUUUUAAUGUGAAAAUAUAUGCAGAGUAUUUUGUAAUGUUCAAUAAAUCAGAGUUGGA